AUGAAUAAUAAUAGUUAUAAUAAUGCCAUGAGUGGGAACAAUAGCAGUGGGACAACAAACGAUUUAGAUCAAAAUAAUUUUCAAGCCCUAUCGGGAUAUGGUUUGAUGGGUUUUCCUCAUCUCCAACAUCAACCACCACAACCACCACCACAACAAUUUAUGAUGUGGCCAAAUUUUCAUGGUUAUAAUAAUACUUCCAAUCUUCAACCCACAUUUUAUUCUUCACAACCACCUUCACAGUCUUCCAAUACAGAAUUUCCAUCAUCAUCAUGGAAUCAAGACUCCUCACAUCAUUAUAUUCAACAUACAGGAUUUGAUCCCAUCUCGCAACAACAUCAGCAACAACAACAAAUUGGAUCAAAUGUUCCUCCUCCGUGGAUGAUAAUGAACGAGUGGGGUGGUGGAUCCGUUUACAACGAUCAAGCUUUUGCAAUGUUUUCCGAGGAUGCUAUUCUAAGCUCCCUGUCAAUUCCAUCCUCUUCCACCAUCUCUGAAGACAGCCAUUCCACCAAACAUCUUCACGAUGAUAAAUCAUCCAUACUAAAUUCUCUUCUCACAAGCACAUCAACAGUGAGCAGUGCUAACACACUUACAUCAUCUCCAAGCAUGAGCAGUAACAACAGCAAUGGAAAUUGCAAUAUGACCACCACCAUCACUGCUAGCAAUCAAGCGCCUUGUCCUGAAAAAUCAACCCGAAAUGACAUUAGAAAACUUCACAUUCAAUUAAGAGCCUCAUUAAGAUUACUUGAAAUGGAGAAGCAAAAAAUUUCCAAAAUUAAUUUAAAAGACACUCACUAUAUUGUUGCUGAUCAAGCGUUGGAGGAGACAAUUGCUCACGUUAAAAAACUGCUCAACAUUGUAAAUAAGAAACAAACGAAAGAAGAAAAAGAAUGUACAAAAUUGAACAAACAACCAAAUCACACCGAGUCUACUGAACAAUCCAAUACUUUGGAAAAUUAUUACAAUAUGAGAAAAUUCUCUGAAAAUAUCUAUGGCUUCUUUCCAAAGCAUUUGGUGAGUAAGGUUAGAUACGACUCUGAGUUGGCUCUCUCCUAUUUGACACCCUUCAAUGACGCCUUCGAAAUUGCUUCCAUCAUGAAUGAAAUGAUCAAGCAGCAAACAGGGUUUUAUCCAAAUCAUAUUAUAGAUGGAACAGGCGGUCUGGGUGGAAAUGUAAUUGGAUUUUUGAGAUACUUUUGGUCGAAAAGAUUACACCGAAAAACAGUGACCAUGAUUGAGCUCGAUGAGAGACGAUGUAAAGACGCACAGUACAAUAUUAAUUUAUUUGAAAACGAAGAAAAGAAGUAUGACAAAGAUUGUGUGACAUGUCAUGUUGAAUGUGGCAAUUUCAUUGAUUGGUGGAACAAAGAAAAACCUAAAAUGCCCGAAACCAAGAGGAGUGAAACACUAAUUUUCUUUGACCCUCCAUGGGGUAAUGCUGAUUACUCACUGCACGAAUUUAUUGACGACUUGUACAUGAUUCAGGAAAAUUUAUCACCUGUUAGCGUUAAGGCCUUCUCACAACAAUUGCUUUUGGAGGAUGGUGUUCAUUGCGUAGUGUUGAAGGUACCUUAUAACUUUUCAGAACACAGCCUGUCAGAAACUCUUAAAGUUGAAUAUAUUUUGAUGAAAAAGGUGAAAUAUGUUCUGUUAUUUAGAAAAGAAAACAAGUAG